AUGAAGCAUCUCAAUUUUGUUCCUAAAAUGAGAACUCUUAGGCAGAGGAUGACUGAGCAUGUGGUGUCUGUGGGUGAUGAAUCAAGUGAAGAUGAAGCACAAAUUAUGUGGGAAGAACAGCAAAUAAAGAAAGCAGUUAAAAUCUCUCAGGAAACUUAUGAUGAUGCUUCCCUUCAUAAGUCUCAACCAGCUAAAUCAAAGUUUGAUCCCCCUGUUUCUCUACCACCUGUGAACUUGGAAAUUGUGAAGAAACGACUGACUGAAAGGAUAACAUCAUUACAGGAUAUACACCAUGCCCACCAGAGGGAGUAUGAAAAAUAUAUGGAGGACAUAGAAAAUUCAAAAAUGACUGUCCAGGAGUUAGAGAAGUCUUCAGAUGCAGCUCUGAAUUACAAGUUCUACAGAGCCAUGAAAACAUAUGUAGAAAACUUGAUAAACUGUUUGAAUGAAAAACUGAAAUAUAUUAAUGAGCUAGAAUUGGCUGCACAUGUACUUCUUCAGCAAAGAGCCAUGACAGUAUUGAAACGAAGGCAAGAUGAGCUGAAAAAUGAAUCUGCUUAUAUUCAGCAUCUGACAAGUGGGAAUGAUAAACAAACUAAUGGUGGAUUGGAAGAUAAGACACAGCUUCUGGAAAUGUGUGAACAGCGAAGGACUUGCAGACGGCAAGUGAGAGAGUGUUCAGGAGAGGCUGAUCACCAUGAAGGCAUGUCAAGUGACGAUGAGCUGACUCCAACAGAAGUGAACGAGUUCCAGAAGAGCAAAGAUAACGUUUUAGAGGAUAGUAGGAAAGUCUUUGAAGAUGUACAUGCAGAUUUUUGUGACAUCAGAAAAAUCCUGUUGAAAUUCCAGGAAUGGAAAGAGAAGUUUCCCGACUCUUACCGUGAGGCUUAUAUCAGUUUUUGCCUACCUAAGCUAUUAAAUCCGUUGAUCAGACUUCAGUUAAUAAAUUGGAAUCCUCUUGAGAAUUUUACAGAGUUGGAAGAGAUGCCGUGGUUCAGAGCCAUAGAAGAAUUCAGUGAUGCCAAAAACAUACCUGAAUCAAAAAAGGAUGAUGAUCCUGAUGGAGAAGUUUUGCCUAAAGUGAUUGAAAAAACUAUUCUUCCAAAAAUUACAGCAUUUGUAAAGAGCGUGUGGGAUCCUUUAUCUACUUCACAGACAAAGAACCUUGUACAACUUUGCAAUAACAUCUUUGAGAAACAAGUCCUUUCCAAAAAUGAAUGCAGUCGAGGAAAAGAGGAGUUGAUGGACAUGAUUGUACUAAGAAUGAAGAAAUCUAUAGAGGAAGAUGUCUUUGUUCCUCUGUAUCCUAAAAGCACUGUGGAAGACAAGUCAUCACUAUGUUCAAAAUUUCAAGAAAGACGGUUUUGGUCAGCUGUUAAGCUGUUCUCCAAUGUUGUUCUUUUCGAUGGGAUCAUACAGGAAGAUACGGUUCGUGAUUUGGGACUGAGCAAGUUGCUGAAUCGUUACCUUCUUCUGAAUCUCUUAAACACACCUCUAGGGCCGGAUUAUAUAGAAAAGUGUAAUAAGGUGGUUGCGUGCCUCCCAGAAAGAUGGUUCCGAGAUCUUAAAAGUGGAUCAACUCUCCCCGAAUUACUGAACUUCUGCCAGCACUUGCUGCAACGUGCCUGUAUGCUACACAAGAAUAACCACAGUGAUGAAACAAGAGAAAUUCUUCUCCUGCUGGUGAAAGUCAAAGCUCUGCAUAUUGUUGAAGACUUCAUUGAAGAGUAUGAACUUGAACACCUUAAAUCGAUGAUUGGGAAAUAG